ACGAUACCUUAGUGCAUCUCAAAAUCUUUGAUCACUAGAAAACACAUGAUUUAUGUAAUAUACUAUUGUGUAUUUUUAGAAGUAAAAAAUUCAUUAAUAACGUGAUGAAAUGAUUUGGUUUUCGAUAUUUGUUGUAGUUCAUCUCUCAUUUGUACAAGGAGUAAUACCGAAUCCUACAGUUGAAAUUACAGAAGGCACUGCAACAGUGAAUGCAGGCUCUAAUUUACAACUCAACUGUAGCAUUGAAACAGACAUUACUGCUGUCACAUUUAAAUGGUUUAAAAAUAAUAGUCAAGUCCCUGAUGAAAUUUCGCAGACAUUAAAUAUCACUAAUAUUACAAAAGAAAAAGCUGGUGUAUAUUCUUGUACAGCAAAAAAUGGAUCUGGUUCUGAAAUGUCAUCAUCAAAAAAUCAGAGCAUAGUUGUUAAUUACUUGGAAAAUGCAGGAUUGACUAUUUCACCAACAUCGACAACUCCUAAUGAAGGUGACAGUAUCACUUUUAAUUGUGGUGUGGAUACAAACUUAAACCCAGUUUUUUAUUCAUUCCAAAAAGAUGGUAAUGUUAUAACAACAGGUGGUAAUAACGUCUUCAUUAUACCAAAAGCGAAUGAAUCAGAUUCUGGAUCAUACACGUGCACUGUAUCAGCAACAACAACAUCUCCUCUUUCAGUCACGAGUAAUGCUGUAUCACUAACAGUGAAUGAAUUGUUUCAAACUCCCACACUAGCUGCAUCACCAAAUAAUUUAAAUUCUGGUGAAACAUUUACAUUAACAUGUACUACAUCCUCACCAAGAAAUAUUGUGUACAAAUUUCGAAAAGGUACUGUUGACUUGACACAAUUUCAGUCAUCAGCCGUAUACAACAUAACUACUCAAACUUCAGACAGUGGUUUUUACAGAUGUAUUGCACAAGUUAAUAAGGUAGAGAAAGUGUCGUCACAAGUUACUGUUGAAGUGACAUUAAAAGUUUCCAUCACAAUCACACCAACAGUUGAAGGACAAAACAUGAAUAUCACAUGUAAUGUGGAAGGUGGAGAAGAAGCACAAUCUUUUAGUUGGAAGAAAAACAGAGUUUCAGUUACUGAAGAAACAUCUAAAACACUUGUGGUACAGAAUGUGCAACGUUCUAUGAUUGGGAUUAAUUAUAGCUGUAUUGCUACAUCACAAGCUUCUAAUCAAAGUAACGAAGCUUUUGCGACUUUGUCAAAUGCCAAUAUAUAUUAUAACGCCUCUGAAUUAAUAUUCGCACCUUCUAAUAAAAAUGAAGGUAAAGUUGGUGAAAAAUUCUCAAUGACAUGCUACGCAAGUGACUAUGGAAACCCUCAAGCAACUUUAGCUUGGUAUAGAAAUGGUAUUGCAACUCCUACUGAACAACCAGGUAAACUUGUUUCAUAUGACAUCGAUCCUGUAACAAGAGACAGCACUGGUGAUUACAUAUGUAAAGCCAAAAACACAGCUGGUGAAGUUGAGAAGACAUUUACUUUUACAAGCAUAGAUAAGCCAGAUUCUCCAACUUUAAAUAUUUCUUCAAAAACGUCAACGUCGAUUACAGUUUUAAUAACACCACCUGCAUACACAGGAAAUAAACCAAUCACAUAUUACAUGUUAGAAUACAAAGGGGAUGGAAAGAGUAUCUCAAAAAAUAUAACAGACCUAACAAACCUGAUGUAUACUAUACCAGCGUUGAAACCAGCAGUAGAUUAUCAACUAAGGGUACAAGCUGUAAAUGUUAUUGGAGCAGGAGAGUUCAGUGAAUUUGUAAUAGCAACAACAGGAGAUGCUUCUCCAUCAGCUCCAGGACAAUUUGGUCAUGACACCAUAUCUCGACCCCAAGAAAUUACAUUAUCAUGGUUAAAACCUAAUCCUUCGAAUGGUUUGAUAACAAAUUACAAAGUGUGUUACAUACAAGAUACCAAUGAUGGUAUUAAAGUUGAAAACUCUGUUGAGAAUUGCACUGAUGUCGGUAAUGUUACCGCAUUUACAUUAACAGGGUUAGGUUUUUACAAUGGCUACAACUUCUCAGUCAGUGCAUAUAACUCUGCCGGUUUUGGUCAAAAUGCUACUCAAACUCAAAUAUUAACACAGGAAGGAGUACCUACCACAGUGCGAGACAUAAUAUUGACUGCAACAGAAACCUCUGUAGAAGCAGAGUGGACACACCCAGAGCAUCUUCGUGGCAAAUUGUAUGGUUAUACAGUUAAAUAUCGUCUUUCGUCAAAAGAUACAGAAAAUGAUGUCAACGAAUGCAGGAAUGAAACAAAAUUAUCAUGUACAGUCAGCAACUUGCAGCCAUUUCGUAAUUACACGGUGAUAAUAACAGUUUUCAACAGUUUGUUUUCAAGCAAAACAAAUGAAGUGACUCAAACUCUUGCUGGAGCACCACCACCUCUUGAUAAAGAUUUGCCUGAUCCACCUGCUGAUAGAAUUGAGGAGACUAGCUUUGCGGUAAACAUUUUAAAAUUCAAGGAGACCAAUGGUAAAAUUGCUCAUUAUGACGUAAUUGCAGUAAAACGAACUCAUUCUUUAUAUUCUAAAAAUCCUCAAGAUAUAAAGAACAACGAAAUUAAAACUUUUGUUGUUGGACGUCUUUACAAGGUGGUGGACAACCAGUUGUUCACUGUUGGAGGAGGACAGACAAGCAAGAGAAAAAGACGAGCACUUGGCAUUCCCAACAAUGGUGAAUUGGAAAAAGACACAACAUAUGUUGUUUUUGUUCGUGCGUAUGUUAAUGAAAAUUUAUAUCAAUCGACCAAAUGGUAUACACCAGUUAAAACUGCUGAAAGUGAAAUAGGCGUAGGCACAAUCGUUGGUAUUAUUGUCGGCAUCUUGAUUGCGAUUUGUUUGGUUAUCAUCAUUGUGUUGUUGUUGAGAGCAAGAAAAUCAAACAGAGACGAUAUUGACAUUGUGGAAAACAAAAUGAGGAAGAAACAAAAGUCGAUACGUCAUGGACCGUCACCGACUGAUCGAGAUCCAAGGAUACCUGUACCUUUGAAACGUUUUGAAGAUCAUGUGAACCGCUUAAAAGCGAACAGCAAUUAUGAGUUCUCUCAAGAGUAUUCAAUGAUCAGCCGUGAACUGGAAUACCCUUACAGUCACUCUCGGAGCCAAGACAAUAAUAUCAAGAAUCGAUAUCACAAUGUUCCUUCGUAUGAUGACACACGUGUUUUGCUGUCAAUAAUUGAUGACGAGCCUCACACUGACUACAUCAACGCCAACUAUAUUGGAGGUUUCGAACGUGAAAAUGAAUACAUUGGUACGCAAGGACCUCUCCCGGAAACCAUCUUUGAUUUUUGGAGGAUGACUUGGGAAUGUGAGGUGACAACUAUCGUUAUGUUGACAAGAUUGGAAGAGAAAGGUCGUGUGAAAUGUGCGCAAUACUGGCCGGAUAGUGGUACUUUGUCAUUGAAAGAUAUCGUUAUAACCUCAACAGAGGUGCAUAACUUUCCUGACCACGUGGUGCGAACCUUUCACGUGACUCGAACGGGACAAGCCAUCGAAAGGAUUGUGAAACAGUUUCAUUUUACUGCAUGGCCUGAUUUUGGAGUUCCUGAUGAUCCUUCUGCUUUGUUGUCUUUUCUACGGAAGGUCAAUAAUUGGAAGGGAAUGUCACAAGGACCAAUUAUUGUGCAUUGCUCAGCUGGUGUUGGUAGAACUGGAACUUACAUUACAAUCGAUACUCAGAUCAAGAACAUAAAAACAAAUAAGGAAAUAACUAUAUUCACCAACGUGACCAACAUCAGGGAACAGCGAUGCUUGAUGGUUCAGACAGAAGAUCAGUACAUCUUUAUUCACGCUGCUCUGCUGGACUACUUAGAGUCUGGUGAUACGGAAAUCGAGGCAAACGCUUUGAGAGAGUAUAUCAAGAAGCAAUCGCAAGUUGACUCGCGAACGGGUAUGACCGGUCUUAUGGAGGAAUUUAUUAAGUUGGCUAAAACAGACAAGAAGGACAAGUUCCAAGAAGCCAACAAAAAUGUUAACCAAACCAAAAACCGUUACAAGAACGUCUACCCGUAUGACGAAACAAGGGUAAGGUUGUCGCAACGACCAGGUUCCGAAGGUAGCGACUACAUUAACGCGAAUUACAUCGACAGUUACGCUGCUAAAGAUUAUUUUAUCGCUACUCAAGCUCCUUUAGAAAGUACGAUAGGUGAUUUUUGGCGUAUGAUUUGGGAGCAAAAUUGCGCCACUAUUGUUAUGUUGUCGAAAGAAGUGGAAGGAGGACAGGUUAAAGUUCAUCCAUAUUGGCCACAAAAAUCUUCAUCCAAAGUUGAGCAUUUUAUCGUGGAACUUACAUCAGUGACCACCUAUGGUGAUCAUAUUGUUCGCGAGUUGAAACUAACUAAUACAGAUACUAGUACAUCACGAAAUGUGAAACAGUUUCAAUACACAACUUGGCCCGAAUCUGGUUCACCCGAAUCCGGUAUUGGAAUAAUCCAGUUGAUUGGUCAAGUUCAAAAAUGGAAUAGUUUGAUUGACAACAAGAUGAUAACAGUCCACUGCAGCGCUGGUGUUGGUCGAACUGGAGUGUUUAUAGCUCUUACAAACCUGAUUGAGCGAGUCAAAACAGAAGCCGUGGUCGAUGUUUUUCAAACAGUAAAAAAGAUGCGCCAACAGCGUACGGCUAUGGUGCAGACUAGAGAUCAAUACGAGUUUUGUUUCCGAGCACUUCAAGAAUACAUGGAUUCGUUUGAUUUAUACGCGAAUUUUUCUUGAUUAUACACGGAAGUUAGAUUUUCGCAAAACUUUUCACAUUAUAUGCUUUCAUUCCAGUUUUUUUCUUUCUUUUUGUAAUAAGAUUUCAUUUUGCGUAGGGACUGUAAUAGGGACUGUAAUUACCAAUAGUUUAUUCAGUGAAGGACAAGCUCUUUUCCAGUCUUUGUUGAUGCACGUCUAGUUAUGCACGCACCUGAGGCAUAAAAAGAGGUUGUUACUUGUAUAUAGCAAAGGGCGAUUUUGUUUUUUUAGGUAGACAUGUGAUAAACUUUCGUUUUACUUUCACACAAAGUCAAAUGCGAUGAAGUAAAAUUAGAUUAGAGCAUUGAAUCGCUUUUUUUUUGCCUCCGAAAAAAUAUUUAUAUUUUGUAUGAAUUGUAUAAUCAUUAUUUUUUCUAUUUAAUUUUAUUUAAGCUGACGUCAAUAUUUAGACUGACCUAUCUUUUUUAGAGGGAAAUAUUUCAUGUUGUUUAUACGCUUUUAUUGUAUCAUAUUUUUAUGUGGAGAUUGUUUUUAGUUUUCUUUUCGGUUGAGUUUUCUGAAACUUGAAAUUUCACAGACAUUGAAUUUUGUUUAAUCUAAGAAAUUUCAUCAAUUUUCUUACAUUAGGGGUGUUUAUAUUUUGAUCACAGCCUUUUUAAUUCAUCGUCAUCUGGUUCAUGUUUUGGAUUAUGCACGUGUGUGUCAUCUGUUUUGUUUUGUUUUCGAUUUACACAGCAAUACGAUUGGAGGAAUUUCUUAUUUGUUAACAUCCGUAUUCUGAUAAUUGAUUGGUCACUUUAUGCUACUGAUGCACGAGGAAAUGUACUACAGGCGAAUCUGUAAAUUUUUUCACUGCUAACGGCUAAUUAAAUAUAACUUUGGAAUAUAUUUCUACUGAGUACAGUGGUCAUCGGUUGUUUUAAAAAAUAACGGAAGAGUCGUGCUUUUUUUACAAUUUCUGUCGCCACCCUGUUUAUGUCGAUAAUGUUUUUGCGUCCAAUUCUUCUUUUAUAUAUGUCUAUGUUGUAUAUUAUUUUACCAAACUAGCUUAAAGUUACUUAUUUAAAAAUAUUUUUUAUAUUUUUUUUUUUUGGUGUAAGAUUCAUUCACUACAUAUAUUUAAAUAUUUAAUACACAAAA